CUCACAGAUCCCAUACUUUGGAUGAUUCCAGGGCAGAACCAAAGCUGGGUCACUGAGUUCAUCCUGCUUGGCUUCUCCAGUGACCCCAUGACCAACAGCAUCCUCUUCAUUGUCUUUCUUCUCAUCUACCUGAGCUCAGUCCUGGGCAACGGGCUCAUCAUCAUGCUGGUCUGCCUGAACACACAGCUGCACACUCCCAUGUACUUCUUCCUCUGUACCCUCUCCUUGUUGGAUAUGGGCUAUGUCACCACUACCAUGCCCCAGAUGUUGGUGCAUCUUCUUGCUCACUCUCAGACCAUCUCCUUUGUUGGUUGCUGGCUGCAGAUGUUUGUGUUUGCUGCCCUGGGUACUUCUGAGAGCAUCCUCUUUGUUGUGAUGGCUUAUGACCGGUAUGUGGCCAUUUGCUAUCCACUGCGCUAUACUAUCAUCCUCAACUGGAGCCUGUGUAAAUGGUUGGCAUCUGGGACCUGUGUCUGUGGUUUUCUCUCUGCUUUGCUACAUACAUUCUUUACCAUGAGAUUGCCAUAUUGUGGUCCCAACAAGGUCAACCAUUACUUCUGUGAAAGUCCUUCAGUUCGUAGCCUGGCUUGCAUGGAUACUCACCUAAUUGAGAUGGUGGACUUUGUCUUGAGUGUCUUUUUGGUUGUUACUCCAAUUUCCCUCAUUGUGGCCUCCUACAUUCGUAUUGCCAUGGCGAUUCUGAAGAUCAAGUCCACCCAGGGCCGCUGCAAGGCUUUCUCUACCUGUGCCUCCCACCUGAUUGUGGUCACAUUCUUCUAUGCUCCAGCCACUUANAUCUACNUNAGGCCCNACUCNAGCUACUCCCCUGAGCGAGACAAGCAGAUCUCACUCUUUUACAAUGUCUUCACAGCCUUGCUCAACCCUGUGGUCUACAGUCUGAGGAACAAGGACAUCAAAAGGGCAUUUCUCAAGGUGAUGGGACAUGGUAGGAUGGACUGGUGA